AAAUAGCGAAAAAGGCGGGUACAAGGAGGGAUGAUGGAGGGCGGGACAUCAUGGAAUGCUGUGAUGUCAUCAACCCAGGCAUACACACAAAGACAAGGAGGCUCUCGUGACUCUCAGCUUACUUAGCAUACGCUGUUCUUGAGCAGCUGUCUACAUCCUUCUAUGCUCGAUGAUGACAGGAAAUUGACAUCGCAACGUGUGAAAAACCCUCCACAAAGAGCGGUUUUCUUCUUCAAAUGAGUGAGUGAGGAUGAUCAUCUGCCUUGAGCUGUGAAGUUCGUCCACAGGAGCAUCCUUGGCACAUCCACAUUUGAAAGCAUGAAACUAUAAAGGCACCGCUGUUCAACUGUGAAAGGAGAAACUACCUCCCUGCGUCUCAGCCAGGUGGAACCACCGGUCAUUGAUCCACCGUCCAAACUGCCAAAACCGCCGCCACAAUGCUGCAGCAGAUACUAAAGGACAUGUACAUCGACCCCGAUGUGUUGGAGGCUCUCAACGAAGACCAGAAAAAGACACUGUUUCUGAAGAUGCGCCAGGAGCAGGUGCGGCGCUGGAAAGAACGGGAGGAGAAACUGGAGCGAGAAGGUGAAAGGAAAAAGCCAAAGAAAGCCAACAGCAAGAAUGUGAGCUGGCUUCUGGGUCGCGAUGGCGAUGUGGCCGUGAUUGUGAUCGGGGAAAUGGACGAGUUGACUUCCAAAUUUAUCUCAGGAUUGGGAGACAAGAUGACGUCUUGUCCACAGAACAACAGAAUCAACGAAACCAUUUUGAAGAGCAGAAAAAAUGCUGAAGUCACCGCUGAGAGAGAAAACCUUCCUUCUCCGACACAACGUGGAAUAUCCUUGAAUUUGAAGGAAGAGGAGUCAGUCAGCGUGACUGAGGAGGAGCCCGCCUUCCAGCCCAAGACUCCCAGGAGAAGAGACGCUGUCAUUGUGAGGCCGGCAACCGCGAGCGUGGCGCCGGGGCCCGUCAACGCGAGACCCGGCCUCGCAAAUCUCAGGCAGGCCAGCACGGCGCCGUCUCCUCCCCUCGGCGCCGCGGUCAAAAUGGACAGCGAGGCGACGUCGGUGACGGCGGCGGCUCCCAAAGCGGGCUUGCAGUCGCGAAGCUUUGAAAACACUGAGUCAGUGCCACAAGCCAGAGGUGCAGAUCCAGUAGAAGCACCCAGCAGAGCAUCCUCAGUGAAGGUGGGCUCAUCUGGGAGCACGCCGCCUAUUGCCGGGCUGGGCCGCGUAGCCCAACUGAAGAAAACCUUCAGUCUUGAUAGCCCAAACUCCCCGAAGCCCGCCCCACGCACAAAGCCUCCUCUCCCGACCAAACCCAGCCACUUGUGCGUAGCCGCCACUUCUUCUGUCAGGUAAUCCCAAUGCUGACCCCAAGAAUCUUGAGAGAUGCCACACUGGACGAUAUUGGACCAUUGUGGAGUUUGAGUCGUUAGAAGGACGACUCGACCAACGGAGACACUUUGUUACAUUGUUAUCACUACCAAAGCACAAAAAUGGAAAUGCUUGAAUGUCAUACGCGACAGUCACAUUUGUCAUGUGAUACACAUUGUAUUUGGUCAUGUGUGGUUUUCUUUUGUAUUUUCUGAGGUGGAAUGUGGUACAGAGGUAUCCUUGCUUUAAUCGAGUCACUUCACUGAGACUGUUUUACAUGACUCCUUGACUCAGUGCAACCACUUGAGGACCAAUGAUAGUGCCAAAAAAUUCCUAACCUCCCAUUGAAUGGAACUCUGGCAUGCAUAAUUUUUAUUGGCAAAUAUCCAAGUCUGCUCAGUGUUACGUCUCAGUGAUAUAUUAAACAAUUGUAUGGUGUGUUUUUUACUCUUACUUUUUUUUUUUUUUUUUACAUUUUCUAUAGGGACAAUGAUUUGUAACAGACUAUUUUCAGUAUGUACUAUUUUGAGGCACCUUGGCUGUCGAGCCUGUGUGAUGGAUUUAAAGAAGCAAUAAAUGGAUGUAUUUAAAAAUCAGACUAUAUCCGUGCUCUGA